AUGGCCCGCUUGACGGACGGCUUCCGGCGGCAGCUGGAGGAGAAGAUGGGCGUGCCGUCGGGGAUUCGCCAGCGCCUGAGCGACGCACAUUGGCAGCGAGGAUGCUUCGUCGACGGCUGUUCGGAUGUAUUCCGAGGCCAAGAAACAGACGACAACCACGAAGAAAUUGGCAGCAAUCGAUUCGAGGGCUGGUAUAAUGACGUUCUGCAGAAGUUGCCAGCUGGUAGCGUCAUUGUUUUGGGCAAUGCACCUUACCACACCCGGCAAGAAGAGAAAUUACCGACUGCUUGGAAGAAGGAAAAUAUAGAAGAGUGGCUCAAAUGCACAAACAUGGUCAACAGCGAAAGGAUUAUACUCAGGCUCCCACCGUACCACUGCAAAUUUAAUACUAUCAAGCUCGGGUGGGCUAAGGUGAAAAAUCGCACUGCUGCGGACAACAGAGACUUCAAGUUGUGCACUGUCGAGGAAGUCUGCAGGGAAAAAGUUAAGCACCUAACCGCGGAAGACUGGGGGAAGAACAUUCACCACGUGAUGGACCUGGAGCCAAAGUUCAUGCUUGACACGUCUGGGAGUGACCACAUCCAACCAAUCAUCCAACUGGGUGAAGAUGGCACUGAAGAAAGCGCUUCCGACUGCGAGCUGUCCGGCAUUGAGCCACUCGACGAAGCGUAA